AUGUUCAUAAAGGUUCUUGCAAUCAAAACAAGGGAAUUGAACUCAGUACAAUCUGAUUGCUCUGCAAGAUCCUGUCAGAUGGAAAACAAACAUGCUCAAGAACUGACUGCUGAGAGAGAGAAAGCCCUUCAGGUAUUGAUUUAAUUAUCACAAUGGUAUCUCAGUCUUUGUUUACAAAUUGUGCAUUUAUUUUAUCGGUUUUCUUUGGUUUCUUUUGUGUCAAGAUGGUCACUGAGAACCAGCAGAAGUUUGAGAAAGAAAAGCGAGAGAUUGAACAAAGUCGCCACACACAGGUAAUAAAAUUAAAUUAAAAUAUGCAUUUUUAUAAAGGAUUUGUUUUUCUCCUGAAUCUCUUAAAAUAUCAAUUUUUUUUGUAGAUCGUGAAACUUGAAGCCAGACUCAAAGAUGAGGAAAAUUCCAACCGG